ACCUCAAUCUUUCUCCUCUUUACGUUCCAAAACCUCUCUCACUCUCUGUCCUGACCUUUCUGGUAACACUGUAAUCUGAUCGAACCGAACCAAACCGGUCUGGUCUUUCUGCUCGGCCUCGUCUCUUCUCUGAAAUGGGGUCACAGAAGGAGGACAAGAACAAAGAAGAAGAUAAAAAGACAAAGAAGAAGUGGCAGAAGAGUUACUUCGAUGUUUUGGGAAUCUGUUGUACAUCGGAGAUUCCUCUGAUCGAGAAUAUUCUCAAGUCUCUCGACGGCGUUAAGGAAUAUUCCGUCAUCGUUCCGUCAAGAACCGUGAUCGUUGUCCACGACAGUCAUCUCAUCUCUCCGUUUCAAAUUGCUAAGGCAUUGAACCAAGCUAGGUUAGAGGCAAACGUGAAAGUAACCGGAGAGACCAACUUCAAGAACAAAUGGCCAAGCCCUUUCGCGGUGGUUUCCGGCAUACUCCUCCUCCUCUCCUUCUUAAAAUUUGUUUACUCGCCUCUUCGUUGGCUCGCUGUCGCAGCCGUCGCCGCUGGUAUUUAUCCGAUUCUUGCAAAAGCCGUUGCUUCGGUAAGAAGGCUAAGGGUCGACAUCAACAUCCUAGUCAUUAUAACCGUGAUUGCAACACUUGCAAUGCAAGAUUACAUGGAGGCUGCAGCAGUUGUGUUCUUAUUCACCAUAGCCGAAUGGCUCGAAACAAGAGCUAGCUACAAGGCAAGCUCGGUGAUGCAGUCUCUGAUGAGCUUAGCUCCACAGAAGGCAAUAAUAGCAGAGACUGGAGAAGAAGUUGAAGUAGAUGAGGUUAAGCUUAACACAGUUGUAGCAGUUAAAGCAGGAGAAACUAUACCAAUUGAUGGCAUUGUGGUGGAUGGAAACUGUGAAGUAGACGAGAAAACUUUAACCGGCGAAGCAUUUCCUGUUCCUAAACAGAGAGAUUCUACGGUUUGGGCUGGAACAAUCAAUCUAAACGGUUAUAUAAGUGUGAAAACAACUGCUUUAGCCAGUGAUUGUGUGGUUGCCAAGAUGGCUAAACUCGUAGAAGAAGCUCAGAGCAGUAAAACCAAAUCUCAGAGGCUAAUAGACAAAUGUUCUCAGUACUAUACUCCAGCAAUCAUCAUAAUCUCGGCUUGCUUUGCGAUUGUCCCGGCUAUAAUGAAAGUUCACAACCUCAACCAUUGGUUUCAUUUGGCACUAGUUGUGUUAGUCAGUGCAUGUCCCUGUGGUCUUAUCCUCUCUACACCAGUUGCUACUUUCUGUGCACUUACCAAAGCGGCGACUUCAGGGCUUCUGAUCAAAAGUGCUGAUUAUCUUGACACACUCUCAAAGAUUAAGAUAGCUGCUUUCGACAAAACCGGGACUAUAACCAGAGGAGAGUUUAUUGUCAUAGAUUUCAAGUCACUCUCUAGAGAUAUAAGCCUACGCAGCUUGCUUUACUGGGUGUCAAGUGUUGAAAGCAAAUCAAGUCAUCCAAUGGCAACAACAAUCAUGGACUAUGCUAGAUCCGUUUCUGUUGAGCCUAGGCCUGAAGAGGUUGAGGAUUACCAAAAUUUUCCAGGUGAAGGAAUCUAUGGGAAGAUUGAUGGGAACAAUAUUUACAUUGGGAACAAAAAGAUUGCUUCAAGAGCUGGUUGUUCAACAGUUCCAGAGAUUGAGGUUGAUACCAAAGGUGGAAAAACUAUUGGAUACGUCUAUGUAAGUGAAAGACUAGCUGGAGUUUUCAAUCUUUCUGAUGCUUGUAGAUCCGGUGUAGCUCAAGCAAUGAAGGAACUAAAAGAUCUUGGAAUCAAAACCGCAAUGCUAACAGGAGAUAAUCAAGAUGCAGCAAUGCAUGCUCAAGAACAGCUAGGGAAUGCUCUGGAUGCUGUACAUGGAGAACUUCUUCCAGAAGACAAAUCCAAAAUCAUACAAGAGUUUAAGAAAGAAGGACCAACCGCAAUGGUAGGGGACGGUGUGAAUGAUGCACCAGCUUUAGCUACAGCUGAUAUUGGCAUCUCCAUGGGUAUUUCUGGCUCUGCGCUUGCAACACAGACUGGUCAUAUUAUUCUGAUGUCAAAUGAUAUCAGAAGGAUACCACAGGCGAUAAAGCUAGCAAGAAGAGCUCGACGCAAAGUUGUUGAAAACGUGUUUAUAUCUAUCACGUUGAAAGCAGGAAUACUGAGUUUGGCGUUUGCUGGUCAUCCUUUGAUUUGGGCUGCGGUGCUUGUUGAUGUUGGGACUUGUCUGCUUGUGAUUCUUAAUAGUAUGUUGUUGCUGCGAGAGAAGGACAAAAACAAGAACAGAAAGUGUUACAGGGCUUCUACAACUAUGUUGAAUGGUAAGAAACUUGAAGGUGGAGAUGAUGAAGACGUGGACUUAGAAGCAGGCUUGUUAUCAAAGAGUGGUAAUGGUCAAUGCAAUUCAGGCUGUUGUGGAGACAAGAAAACUCAAGAGAAGGUGAUGACGAGACCAAGCAGUAAAACCAGUUCUGACCAUUGUAACUCUGCUGGUUGUUGUGGCGAUAAGAAGCGAGACAAUGUAAAGCUUGUGAAAGAUAGCUGUUGCGGCGAGAAAAGUAAGAAACCAGAGGGAGAUAUCGCUUCAUUGAGCUCAUGCAAGAAGUCUAAAAUUGACCUGAAAAUUACAAGUGGAUCAAGUUGUUGUGCUAGCAAAAAGGAGAAGCUGAAGGAAAUAGUAGUGGCAAAGAGCUGUUGUGAGGAGAAGCAGCAAGCAGAGGGAAAUGUCGAGAUGCAGAUUCUUGGUCAGGAGAUAACUGAUUUGGAGAAAGGGCUGCAGAAAACGGUUGGUGAAACCUGUAAAUCAAGCUGUUGUGGAAAUAAAGAAAAGGCUAAGGAAACAGGUUUGAUGCUUUCUACUACUGAGGAAACAACUUAUCUGGAGGAGAGAGUUCUCAUUGAAGAUGAAAGAAAAUGCAAGUCUGGCUGCUGUGACGGUGAAAGAAAAACUGCGGAAGCUACAGUUGUGGCUUAUAAUAUGGACUGCAACUCGGGAUGCUGCGAGAAAAAGGAGUCAGUGAAACAGAGCUGCCAUCAGAAAGCAAGUCUGGACAUUGAAACUGGUGUAAGUUGUGAUCUCAAGUUGGUUUGUUGUGGAAACACAAAAGGAGAAGUGUGUGAGCAAUCUGAUCUCGAGAAGGGCCUGGUGUUAAAGAAUGAAGGACCAUGCCAGUCUAAUUGUUGCAGUGAUGGAAAACAAACCGGGGAAAUAACUCUGGCUUUUGAAGAAGAGACAGAAAGUUCUGAUUGCUCCUUGGGAUGCUGUGGAAACGAGGAGGAAGUGAAACAAAGCUGCCAUGAGAAGACAUGUCUGGAAACUGAAGCUGGUGUAAGCUGUGAUAUCAAGUUGGGUUGUUGUGGAAGCAUAGAAGGAGAAGUGAGAGAGCAGUUUGAUCUCGAGAAAGCCCUGCAGGUAAAGAUUGAAGGACAAUGCAAGUCUAAUUGCUGCGGUGAUGAAAAGAAAACCGAGGAAAUAACUUUGGCUUCUGAGGAAGAGACAGAGAGUCUGGAUUGCUCCUCGGGAUGUUGCGGAAACAAGGAGGAAAUGAAACAAAGCUGCCAUGAGAAGACAUGUCUGGACAUCGUAAGCUGUGAUUCCAAGUUGGUUUGUUGUGGAAAAAGAGAAGUGGAAGUGAGAGAGCGACUUGAUCUUGAGAAGGGUAUGCAGAUAGUGAAUGAAGGACAAUGCAAGUCUGGUUGCUGCGGUGAUGAAAAGAAAACUGAGGAAAUAACUCUGGCUUAUGAGGAAGAGACAGAAAAUCCGGCAACUGAAGGUGGUGUUGAUUGCAAAUCUCUGUGUUGUGGAACUGGUUUGAAGCAAGAAGUGUCUUCUGAUUUGGUAAAUGUGGUGGAGAGUAGUAAAGCCGGUUCAAGCUGUUGCAGCAAGGAGAAAGAGAUAGUGAAAGUCUCAAAUCAAAGCUGUUGCACAAGUCCUAUUGAUCUGGUGUUAUCUGACUUGCAAGUGAAGAAGUUAGAGAUUUGUUGCAAAGUGAAGACUCCAGAGGCUUGUGGAUCAAAAUGCAGAGAAAGAGAGAAGCGUCACAUUGGUAAAAGCUGUUGCAGGAGUUAUGCAAAGGAGUAUUGCAGCCACAGGCAUCACCACCACCACCACCACCACCAUCAUCACCACCACAUUGGAGCUGCUUGACGAAGAUUGUGAUUGAAUAGCGUUAUCUCUCGAGGCAUCCAUCUAUUCACAUAACCUUUCCGUCUUCAAGUAAUUCUGCCAAGAAAAUAAUCAAAAAACAUAUUCAUUGUUUACAGCAAAGGCUAUAGAUUGAAGACAAUGCUAGUGAUCCUUUAUGUUUGCCAAAAGUCAAAACCGUAAAGUAUUUCUCUGCUUUUUAGUUAUUAUCUUCUUGAAAAAUAUUGCAAAACAAGUUCGAAAUUUGAUCUUAGAGUCUUAAAUUCAAGCAAA